CGCACGCACCGUAGAUGCAUGUUGCCGGUUGGAGUAUUCGGCUAGAAAGUUAAUACUGCAUCUAAACCUUACCUCAAUGUAUAGGAUUUCUUUGGUGAUGAUUUGUGGAGAUGACUGAGAAUUUGAAGGCAAGAUUUGGAUUUCCAAACACCCUCAUUCAAGCUCAGGCUGUGAGGUCACUGGUGACUGCAGUGCUUAAAGAGAAAGGUCUAAAUGAAAAGAUCUGUCAGACCAGCACUAAAGGACGAGCGCUUGAGACGCUAUGGGAGCAGUGCAGCAGUGACAGUACUGUCGUCCGCUCAGCUUGCUGCAAUGCUCUGGUGCUGCUUGUGGAUCAGGGACAUGCCGAUCUACAGUAUGUCCUCAACACCACCCUCAACCUUCUGCCCUCUGCGAGGAAUGUUCAAGGGCUGAUAAAAGUGGUGGGGAGGUUGUUACAAAUUCAAGCAAGUCAGCGAGAUAAUGGAACAAACUUCACUUGUCCAUAUUCAAUUAGAAGCUUUCCUCACCCCUACAUCACAAUACUGGAAAACCGUCCCGACUGCUGGCCCGCUCUGCUCCAAGAGAUUGAUGAUUUUAUUCAGCUGGCUGCUGACAGAGAUGAACCGGUUUAUGUUGAAAUGUUGGCUCCGUUUCUUCGUUACCUGUACUGCGAGCCACAAAGAGUGUCGGAAAAUGCCUUGCUGAGACACGGACUCCUAAGGGUCCUGCUUCAGCCACGAGGGGAUCCUCAGUUGGACUGCCAGGAGGGCAAAGGAAUGCCUGGCACAAUUGUGGUCCGCGGGUUGAUACGCAGCCUGUUUGACCUGCUCCCAUACUUGCUGGUGGACAGUGUAACAGCACUGGUGGAGUUCAUCUCAUUUGCUGAGUCUCUGAGCUCUGCUCUGCUCGCUGAUCCGAGUUUCUGGAGGAAGGAGCUGACCCAACUGGCUCUUCAACUCUUGUGUGCAUGUCAGCUCAGUGUGCAGCUGGGAGGAGAGCUGAUGUCUCUGCUUCACAUACUCCACCAGCUAAUACCUGCUUAUGCAGAGGAACUCCCAGCUGAUCAGGUGAUCAUGGGUAUCUCCCUGCUUUUGCUCAAAGCCUCCACUUCUCAGCAAACAGCUCUCCUAGAGCUUGCUAUAAAGAUCAUCCCACCUGAGGUCUGUCCUCCAUGGGGUUCUUCUGUGCUGGUAUUGCCCUUGUUGCAGGUUAUUUCCUGCUCGACUCUCAUGGAAGCGCUUACAGACGCUCAAACACACACAAAAAACCUUCAGCUGGCAAAUUCACUGUUGCAGACGGUCCAGAGAGAACCAUCUGUUUCAAAAAAGAAGUCCACACAGCUGAGCAUGCCUCUCACUACUUGGUACAGUGAGCUUCAGGUGGCCACCAGCGUUCUUCACCGCAUUUCCAUGGACACCCUGUGUGCUGUGGAAUGGCUUUACUCACUUCAGUCAUCACUCUCUGCAUGUGAGCGUGUCCCAAACGCUGUUUGUCUUCUCCUCUCCCAUCUCAUCGUCAGCAGUGACGGAGACCUCUGCCGAUUGGCGCUGGACACAGCUGCUGGCAUCGCUGAGACCGACCCUGCAAAGGUGCCAUCUUUACUUCCCGUCCUGAUGUUUAAACUUGGCAGAGUAUCUGAUCCAGCUUUGUCUCACUCUCUUCUCUAUACUCUGCCAAGACUGGGAACCCACAAGGUACAGCCGUACCAGCAUGGAGGAGACAUGCUAGCUGCCAUUGAUGAAACCCUGACACAGUUCUCCAAGAAGGAUCAAGCCACACCUGCUGCUCUCGCAGUUCAGGGCUUACAUGAGCUCUGCAAGGCUGAGGUAGUUGAUAUCAGCUCUACAUGGAAGGCACUCUCUCCUAAACUAUGUUGUGACACCAGACCUCUCGUCCUAAAGGCCACAGCUGAUCUUCUGGCAUUGGUACCUGCUUUGAAUGUCCAAACCGAAGAAUAUGAGAAAUUCAGAAGCGAGAUAGUCAGCGUUUUAUGGGGCUACGCUCUUAGUCAGGAUCCAGAGGUCGCAAGUCAUGGUUUUAAAGCUCUUUCUGAGUACCCUGAGACAUCUCACACCAUCCUACAUCUACCGGAGCAGAUCAGACCUGUACCAAAGCAGCCUGACAAUGAGGGUGAAGCGAAGGCCAAUGACGAUGAAGAAGAGAAAGAUGAAGAUAUUUCAGUGCCAGGGUGGUCAUAUGUUAAGCUAGUUCGAUUCGUCCAACGACCAGUUUUACCAGCCAUUGAGACCUUUCUAACAGCUUUGGUGAGGCAGGAGAUGAGCCAGAUGCCUCGAGGAGUCUACCAUUCAGCGCUGAGUGGAGGAUCUCUGCGCUCAGACCAGGGAAAAACCGUAGCUGGAGUUCCUUCAUUCAUGUUGAAAACAUAUGAAAAGAAUAAGCAGCCAGGUUUAAAGCCUGGAUUAGCAGCUGGGCUUCUGCUCUGUUACGACCUACCUGUUCAGACGGACAAAGAUGGACGACCAAUCACCCGCUUCCUUGUCAGCAGAGGGCGGAGCUAUCAGCAGAUGUUAGCCGCUCUUAUUCAUGAGGUGAACAUCCAGCCAUCUGAGUGGCACCGCUCUCUGCUCCUGCCUCAGGCCUGGCGCGGCUUCAUGAGCCGUGCUUUCCAUGCACUUCUCAAGGGUCGAAAGGCAGAGCUGGAGAUGUUACAGAAACAGGGUAAAGAAAGUCCAGAAGAGCUACAGUACAAGCAGCAUUGUGCCUGGCUCUGGGUCAGAGACCAGCUGACUGAUGUGGUCAAAUCUGCCACCAAAGAUAGUCCUGUUGUUCAGGGUAAUUCUAUUAUGGCACUGAGUGGUCUGGCUGUUGUCUUAACCAGAUAUGAGAGUAACCUACCUACGCAAUCUGACAAUGGCCUGGAGGUCGGCCCAGAUAUCCUUCCUACAACUCAUUGGCUGUCAAUGGUAAUUGACACAAUGCUAAGCAUUGUUAGCAUUAACAGUAACCCUAAAGGACAAGUCUUCCCGUGGUUCAUCCAUCGCUCAUAUUCGGGUGAGAACACGGCUAGUGUGAUCGCACGCUCCUGUGCUGCCCUGGGUCUGGCAUUGCUGGUGCCUGUGUUGGUGACGUCACGCAGGGAGAGUGUGCCUGCUGUACUGGGCACUCUGGCCGCAGGCCUUCCCAGCUCUCCAACUGCAGAUGAAUCUCAGGCGGUUCAGUUCCACAGCGGGCUGGCUUUAGGCAUGUUUCUAGCAUGGUUGCAUGAUGAGAGAGUAAGCGAUAUUUCUGGCCAGUCUGUCACAGAGCUGCUGAUGAAAAAUUUGGAGCUGUUGGAGACUUGCUGCUUCAAUACCAAUUUGGAGUACAAUGCUGGUUGUGUAUUAGGUGUUGGGUUAGUCUUGAGUUCUCUCAGCAGUAGUCAGUCUGAACGCGAGCGAUCCCGUGUGUCUCUCACACUGGACAGACUUCUGCAGACCUUUCAGGACAGCAGCAGCAUGAGCCGUAUGCAACAGGAGGUUUUGGCCUUUUCUGUGGCAUGUGUUGGAGUAUCAGCAUUUAGCUCAGGCAUUAUUGAGGCCAGUAAGGCAGAAGAAACCAUGAACAUGCUUCGCUCUCUGACAGAAGAAAGCCAACAGACACCAGGCUUUGCUCUGGCAUUGGGGCUGAUGGUUAAUGGUCUCUCUUCCUGUGGUCAUGGUAAAGCUGUCGACAUCCAACCUCGUCUGCUAGCAGCCUGGACCAAGAUAUUGUUGGCAGAGGGUUGUCCCACAAUGCAGAGGCUGUCUGCCCUUAAUGGACUGGUUGCUUUGGUUGGAUCUGAGACUGCUCUCAUUCAGCUAAAGUGUGAAUCCGAGCAGUCCUCACAACAGCAGGGCAGACUGAAUGAGGUCAUCCGAGCUAUUACACAGAUCAUCACCUUCUCGGGAACAAUUGGUCUGCAGUCGAAUGGGGCCUGUCUGCUUGGACACCUGCACCUGGCCCAAAUGUGCAGUAGCCACAGUCGAACCGCAGUUCCUCAAGACUUUGGAUAUCUCCCAGAGAAAAGUGUCAUCAGAGCAAUUGUGGACUUCCUCACUGAAGCAGGGAGGAAAGGGCCUGAAUUUACCUCAUCACACUUUGUGAAGACAGUUUUGGCAACGUUGGCCACAGUGGGCGGAAGUUUCCAGUAUCCUCCCAUAAACUGGAGCGCAAUUCUGUCCCCGCUGAUGAGACUCAAUUUUGGUGAAGAGGUCCAACAUCACUGUUUAGAGUUAGCCACCACUCAGGUCCAGACCUCCCAAAGUGCCUCACUUUUCCUCUGCAUUUGGAUCGCGCCACCCCUUGUUCAUAGCUUAAGUCUUCGAACUAGGGCUUACCUAUACGAGUGUUUGGGCUCCUGGAUGAAACAUGUGGCUGAAGACAAACUGCAGGUAUAUUUGGACAGUCUGGCAACCCAACAGUUCGAGGCCGACACGCGUCCCCAUCGCCUGCCCCUCUGCCUCUCCAUCCUUCGUGGCCUUUCCAAAGCCAUGGCCGUUCCCAACCCUCCCCAGAGCUGCUGGAGCAACCUGUGCUCCACCACGGAAAAGAUCUACAACCUCUUACCUGAUAACAUACAGGCUGGUGAGGUGGAGCUGUACGAAGGAAUAUGUUUGUGUCUAUCCGAACUGAGUGACACUGAGAUUGACCGCAUAGUCAAAGUUACCGAGGCUAAUUUGGAAAAAACAGCUUUCAUCCUUUCCUACCUGAUUUCUAAAGGCAGAGUCCCCCUCCUUGGUCUUAAUGAUGUCAUCAGUACCAUUCUUCAGAUGGGAAAUAAGGAACGAAUCAGCUGGCUUCUCCUGCAGGGCCUCCACCAGUCACGGUUCGCCUCCAGUGCCAAUACAGGUGUCUCCAAGAGAAUGGAGUGGCUUUUGGAGCUAAUGGGCCAUAUCAGAAAUGUUGCAUACGGAUCUUCCUCGGUUAAAUGCGUCAAUGUUACAGAGGGCACUGAUUUUCUGCUGAAUGUGUUUGCUGUAGCAGUGGCAUCUUGGGCUGACCAUUGUGCACCCGUUCUGGUUGGCAUCAGAGCCCAGUGGUUUCCGUGGCGACAGUCCUCUCAGACGUUGGACCUGUUUCAUGACCUGUAUGUGAACCCAGCCUCCACAGAGCUGUCUGUGGCAUCGUGCCAAAUUGCAAUCCCAUACAGCAUUAAGGAACUACUUUCCAAGGAGCCAUGGAAGUCCCAGUUACAAAAAUUUAUAGACUGGCUCUUCAGUAUCACUGAACAUUCUGAACAGGGUUUCUCCAAGACUGCCAUCCUUACAGCCAAAGCUGCAUUAAUGGCUCUGAAAACCACUCCUGAAUUCAAGAAAAAGGGCGUGUGGACCAGGGCGUAUGGCUGGUGAAACUAAUGAUGGAUUGGCAUCCUAUUAAAUGUUUUAGCACACAAUAGAUACUGUGUGUAGUGUACUUGACAAAGCCAAUUUGAAAAGACUGUCUGCUGCUGACCAUAACAAACGCUGGCAUGUUUACGUUAUUCAAAAGUUUUCAUUGUAAGUAUUUUUUUAUAGAAUUGUGUGUGGCAUGUUUGUCAUCCUUCAAGUAAACAAAAUCUUUUUAGUGCAUAAAAACAUUAAAUGUUUUUUUCAUCAUGGCAUAGGGUUUUCCAUUUUUUGUUGACCUUCAUGUCGGUUUAAUGAACAAGCCAUGCAAGCAUAUAAAAUAAUAAACUACUAUGUGUUAUGCCAAGUAUAUUUUGUAAAGCUCUCUGUACCAUUAAUGACUGAAUAAAUGAGCUUUCAUUCCUUGUUAUGCUUACGCACAUAAGACAUUUUUGUUUACAGAAGCGUCUAAAGCAGAGUUUUUAAACUAUGGGUCGGGAUAAACUGGGUUACGCAAGGUCACUUGGCUGUUGCAGUAAAUGAUAGUAAAUUGUCAUAUUAAUGACAACGGUUUUGAUAUUGGAUAUUUUGGGAUUGCAACUUUCAUUUAAUUCAUACAAUGAAAAUAUAAACUACUCUUUGGUAAAAGAGAACAAAUUUCUUGUUUAUUCCAAAAUUUAUUUUUGCUUAUUU